AUGAUAAACAGGCUCAUAAUUCGUAAUCAAAACAUUGUUGAAUUGCCAAAGCAAUUAAAGAUCUAUUUUGAUAAUAGAGAAUUGACAGUAGAAUUCCACAAGCAAUCACUUUUAAGAAUACAUCCACACUUAUUCUGUGCUGUUAUUGACAAUUGUGUUACAUUCCAUGAAGAAGAAAUGGCUGUCAAUGAAGAAAAUUAUAGAAUUAGUAAAGAAGAAUAUGAAAAAACCUUAUUAAAGUUUUUGAAAUGUUACAUAACGACUAAAAAACAACAAGUUGACACUAAAAUGGAUUUGGUAAGACUGUAUUUUGCAAUAAACGAUGUAAAAAAGGCUUUUGAAGUACUUGAACAAAUGAAACCCACGGGAAAUGUAAAAAUGAUAAGAUUUAUAUCAAAGACUAUUGAAUCAAGUAACAUCAAACAGUCAAAAUCUCGGGAUAAGGUUAAGAACGUAAUGUGUGAACAAAAAGAUACACACAGAGAAUUCAUAGAAAUAUGCAAAGAAAUAGAUUACCAUUCUGCAUACAUUCUUGCAUUUGAAGUUUUAUCUUCAUUUGAUGCACAGAGUCUAUUUCGUCUUUAUGAUGAUUUGAAAAAUAUUUACUUGGAAAAGACUCUUCCACAAGUUCAAUGCUUAAAAUUGAGUAUAAAACAUAGUACAAAAGAACACACAAUGUAUGAUCUAUCGGUGUUUUUGAUGAUUAAAAUUGCCGUUGAGUUUACUACGAGAAACCAACUUAAAAUGGCGGGAUCAAUGUUGAUUAAGGCAGCAAAAAUGGUCUACAAUACAAUUGACAGAUACUUAGUAGAAGAACUACUAUCACUGGCAUUUAUAUUGUUGAAUAUUGAUCAGAAGCUCUUUGAAGAAACUUUAGAGUGUGGCGACGAAGCGGAAUUUAAUCUAACAGCUGCUCAAAAAUUUUAUAUUGGUUCAAGAUUUAAAAUGGAAAGUCAAAAAUCAGUUAUAAAUUUAAACUCCAAUAUGGAUCGAUGCCACUCUUUUUUAAACAAUAUAGUUCAAAGAAUAUCCAAUACAGAACUAUGCAAAAUCAAUAUUGACAGCUAUACUAGUAUUUUUAAGUUGGAUGUAGUUAAAGAAAACAUACAAGGCGUUUUUACCGAUAGAAUUAAAAUAUCUGUCAAAACCCAUAAACACAUUGACAUUUCAGUUAUGGGCGUGGUUGAUACUGCAGGAGCAUUUUAUCAAUGCGAAAAAAACACCUUCUCUUCCAAUAAUGAUAUUGAAGGCAAAUACAUUGUUCUUAGUGAUGGCCAGCAAAUUAUGCAUGAAUUUAAAAUGAGAAGAAUAGAAAAAACAACAGACAUAAUACUUUUGGACGUAAAAACACUGAAAGGUAGUGAAAUCAAAUCUCUCAAAUCAUUCGAAGACAUAAAUUCCAAGAUAGACGAACAGAGCGAAUACAGAAUAAUCAAGUUUGAAUUUAAAGUAGGAAAAAGAUGCAAUUAUUCAUUUAAAAAUAGUAUCUAUCAAGAAGUGAAGGAUAACUUCUUAUAUGUUUUUGUUACAGUUGAACACAGACAAAUUGAAUCAAAUAUUGAAAUCAACGAGGGUAUUUAUGAAACAAGAUAUUACCACAUUUGA